CACCACCACCACAACCACAACCACAAUCACCACCAACACCACCAACACCAACACCACAAUCGCCACCACCACCACAACUACCACCACCACAACUACCACCACCACCACAACUACCACCACCACAACUACCGCCAUCACAGCUACCACCACCACCACCACCACCGCCACCAUUAUCAUCAUCACCACCACCCCCACAAUCACCACCACCACCGCCACCAUUAUCAUCAUCACCACCACCCCCACAAUCACCACCAUCACCACCACCACCACUUCCAGCACCACCACCACCACCACUUCCAGCACCACCACUACCACCACCACCACCACUUCCAGCAUCACCACCACCACCACUUCCACCACCACCACCACCACUUCCAGCACCACCACCACCCCCACAAGAGCAACAGCCACCACUACAAGCACAAGCACAAUCCUCGGCUCUCAUGCAAGUACCAACAUCAAUUUCGCAACGAGGACGACUAGUACCCCUACGAGGACGACAAUCAUCAAGUAGACCAGAGCCUGAGUCCAUAAGAGCCCCCUUAUCACUCUCCCAAUCACAACCAGAAAGAGAUCGACCACCACCACGACCAUUAUCAACCACCAUCAUAGAAAUAUCUCUGCCAUUACAACUCUCUGAGGUCGUAGAAACCUCCCCAUCACCACAUCAACAGUUUGGCACCAUGGAGACCCAGUCUUGUGCACAACACCAACCACCGCCACGACCGCCGCAGCCACCACAGCAACCAGACAGCAGACAACCUCAGUUCCUCUGUACUUACUCAACACUAUCACAAGAGAAACUCGAUGCCAUGAUGAUGCCGCCGCCAACAACUCGACCGUCACCAUCGAAAGCUAAAUCCUCACCAUCUAAAGCUAAAACCACACCACCAAAACUUAAACCCUCAAAACCAGAAGCCAAAGCCUCCACAUCGCAAGCCAAAGCCUCCACAUCGCAAGCCAAAGCCUCCACAUCGCAAGCCAAAGCCUCCACAUCGCAAGCCAAAGCCUCCACAUCGCAAGCCAAAGCCUCCACAUCGCAAGCCAAAGCCUCCACAUCGCAAGCCAAAGCCUCCACAUCGCAAGCCAAAGCCUCCACAUCGCAAGCUGAACCCUCCACCUCAGAGUACGAACCUUUCACUUCGGAAUAUGUACCCUCCACUUCGGAAGGAAAACCCUCCACUUCGGAAGGUGAACUCUCACCUUGGAGAACUCGAUCUUCAUUACGGAGGACUCGAUCUUCAUUACGGAGAACUCGAUUUCCAUCACGAAGAACUCUAUCUCCAUCACGGAGAACUCUAUCUCCAUCACGGAGAACUCUAUCUCCAUCACGGAGAACUCUAUCUCCAUCACGGAGAACUCUAUCUCCAUCACGGAGAACUCUAUCUCCAUCACGGAGAACUCUAUCUCCAUCACGGAGAACUCUAUCUCCAUCACGGAGAACUCAAUCUCCAUCACGGAGAACUCAAUCUCCAUCACGGAGAACUCAAUCUCCAUCACGGAGAACUCAAUCUCCAUCACGGAGAACUCAAUCUCCAUCACGGAGAACUCAUUCUGCACCACAGAUAACUCGACCUUCCCCACCGGAGGAGCAGGGCACUCCACCAUUACUGGUCAACUUAGACCUUCAGACACUCAAACAUCUGUCUUUCCCAAUGUACGUUCCAGAUGAAAACUCACUCUUCUCACUUCUGACUGCCCGAGGAUCUUUAGCAAGCGAGGGGUCGGGUCCCCCAGCACAAGGCUCCUCUGCUGGUCCAGAGAGACCAUCGACUUCGCGAGAAGCUUUAGCAGCAGAACGAGGAAGCUCAAGGGAUACUAUGGAACUCCCAGGGUUAAGUACGCCGAUGCCUGGGGGGAGUGAUUUAUCUUCCCUUCAAGAGACCACUUCACAGUCGCAUCAAACUAGUCAGUCUUCCCAUCAACCUACCACAUCACAAUCACGUCCUACUGGUCGGUCUCGCCAAUCUUCCCAUGGAGUUACUCCAUCACACUCACCUCAUAUUGGUCGGUCCCUCCAGCAAGAUUUCCCUUCAAAGUCAUAUCAUAGUAGUUUGUCUUCCCAUCAACAGAUCCCUACACAGCCAUACCAUACAAGUCAGUCUUCCCAUCCACAGCCCCCUUCACCGUGUGCUGGCCAGUCUUCCCAUCCAGAGGCACUUUCACAGUCAUCUCAGGCAAGUUCGUCUUCCCAUCGAGAGUCCUCUUCACAGUCUUACCUCAGUAGUCCAUCUUCCCUCUUCCCUUCACAACCGGACUACACUAGUUCAUCUUGCCAUCAAGAAUCUCCUUCAUCACGCAGUAAUAUGACUUAUCAAGAGUCCAAUCCACAGCAAAGCUCCAAUUCUUCCUCCCAACAAAGAUCCCAGAAAUCAUUCACUUCCCACCAGACUUCGUCUUCGCAUCGCUCAUCACGGAGACGAAGUAUAUCAUCUUCAUAUCCAGACUCAUCAGGAGGACACAGUAUGACAUCUCCAUCGUCACACUUAUCACGAGGACGAAAUAUGUCAUCUUCAUGUUCACGGUUAAGCUACCUACUAACCAUGAUGCGUAAAUAUCCAAAUCUGAUACCAAAUCCACGUAAAUGGCGACAAUCACUACAAUUGCCACCACGGUUACAACGGCCACAACACCAAGCACACCCACCACAACGAUCACUACAAAAGAAGUCACAGAAAUCAUCUACUUUACCGCCUACUCAUCUAACGAGUCCUUCACCGUCUCAUGACAGUCAGUCUCUCCAUCAACACAUCCAUACACCUAUACACCAAACUUCGUCUUCACAUCGCUCAUCACAGAGGCGAAGUAUAUCAUCUUCAAAUCCACACUCAUCAGUAGGACACAUUAUGACAUCUUCAUCGUCACACUUAUCACGAGGACGAAAUAUGUCAUCUUCAUCUCCACACUUGUACCACCCACCCACCUUGAUGCAUAGAUAUCCAAAUUUGAUACCAGAUCCACAGAAAUGGCGACAAUCACAACAAUUGCCACCACGGUUACAAUUGCCACAACACCAAGCACACCCAUCACACUCACCACAACGAUCACCACAACUAGCACACACGUUACCUCAGGCACAAAACUUUUCACCACAAUCACAACUGUUACAACACUCACCACACGAGUCACCACAACAACCACAUUUGCCACCUCAAUUGCGUCGGCAUCUGCCACCACAAACAUCAGAAAACUUCUCACCACACGGGUCAUCACACCUCCCCACACAAGGGUCAUCACACUUCCCCACACAAGGGUCAUCACACUUCCCCACACAAGGGUCAUCACACUUCCCCACACAAGACCCAUCACACUCCCUUCCACAAGGACCACCACACCUCCCCACACGCAGGGCAUUACACUUCCCCAUACAAUGGUCAUCACACCUCCCCACACAAGAUUCAUCACAUCUCCUUCCACAAGGACCACCACACCUCCCCACACGCAGGGCAUUACACUUCCCCAUACAAUGGUCAUCACACCUCCCCACACAAGAUUCAUCACAUCUCCCCUCACAAGGGUCAUCACACCUCCCCACACAAGGGUCAUCACACCUCCCCACACAAGGGUCAUCACACCUCCCCCCACAAGGGUCAUCACACCUCCCCACACAAGGGUCAUCACACCUCCCCACACAAGGGUCAUCACACCUCCCCACACAAGGGUCAUCACACCUCCCCACACAAGGGCCAUCACACCUCCCCACACAAGGGCCAUCACACCUCCCCACACAAGGGCCAUCACACCUCCCCACACAAGGGUCAUCACACCUCCCCACAAAAGGACCACCACACUUCCCCACACAAGGGCCAUCACACUUCACCACACACGAGUCAUUACACUUCCCUCCACAGGCGCCAUCACGAUUCCUCCCCCAAGGACCACCACACUUGCCCACACUAGGACCAUCACAAUUCCCCCAACAAGGACCACCACACUUGCCCACACAAGACUCAUCACAUUUGCCCCCACAAGGGCCAUCACAUUCACCCCCACAAGAGCCAUCACACUUGACAACACUAGACCCAUCACAUCUCCCCUCACAAGGGCCAUCACAGUCACCUUUACAAGAGCCAUCACACUUGCCUCCACACGACCCAUCACACUUGACAGCACUAGACCCAUCACAUUUCCCCUCACAAGGGUCAUCACACUUCUAUUCACAAGGGCCACCACACUGCACUCCACAAAAGCCAUCACACUUGACAUCACAAGGGUCAUCACACUUCCCCACACAAGGGGCACCCCACUUGACUCCACAAAACCCACCACACUUGACACCACAAAGGUCACCACACUUGAUACCACAAAGGUCACCACACUUGACACCACAAAGGUCACCACACUUGACACCACAAAGGUCACCACACUUGACACCACAAAGGUCACCACACUUGACACCACAAAGGUCACCACACUUGACACCACAAAGGUCACCACACUUGACACCACAAAGGUCACCACACUUGACACCACAAAGGUCACCACACUUGACACCACAAAGGUCACCACACUUGACACCAAAAAGGUCACCACACUUCACACCACAAAGGUCACCACACCUGACACCAGAAAGGUCACCACACUUGACACCACAAGACCCGCCACACUUGACACCACAAGGGCCAUCAUACCUGACACCAGAAGGAUCACCACAAAGGUCAUCACACUUGACACCUCAAGGGCCAUCACACUUGACACCAGAAGGGUCACCACACUUGACACCACUAAGGUCACCACACUUGACACCAGAACCAUCACAAUCACCUAAAUCAUUACCACACCAACCAAUACCAUCACCACCACAACAGCCAUCACAAUCACCACCACACCAACCAACACAACCACUAACUCACCGACCACCACAAUCACCACCACAACAAUCAUCACAAUCAUCACUAUCACCACCACACCAACCAUCACAAUCCUCACUAUCACCACCACACCAACCAUCAAAAUCCUCACAAUCCUCACAAUCACCACCAUACCAACCAUCACAAUCAUCACAAUCACCACCACACAAACCAUCACAAUCGCCACCUCAUCCAUCACAACAACCAGCACCACACUAUCCAUCACAGUCACCGCAGUUAACAUCCAGGCUACCACCCAUGUCUCCAGGCCCAUCAGCCCCGUCACUAGAGUCAGGUGCUUCACGAGACCCCUCUCCAAUGGGUUUGCAUCUCCUGGCGAAUGCGGCGGCCAUGCAGCAGCACAUUAGGCCAGGGUUACCAGCACAUGACACACAGAGUUGCCUCACUCCACAGAUGUCCACAAUAAAAGAGUUUGCUGAGGACACUGAACAUUCAUCACUGUCGGAACACACUGCACCAAGUCGUCAGAGUCCCGUACUGUUGAGACAAGGCCUGACGGUGCCGCAAGAGGCAGUACAUUACUCACAAAGCCUGCCUGGUUUAUUACAAAAGUCAUCAACAUCUCCGGGCGUCGUGCAGAGGACUCUGAAAUCGCCUAAUAAGCGACCACAGCCCGAAGAGUCGCUCCCGUCAACUUCAUCUGGGACUGGUUCGACCCCUUCAAAAUUCUCCCGAUUACAAGAGGAGCCUCAGUCCGAAGAGCCAUUUAACUUGUCAUCGCGGUAUCAGUGGGUACCCAAAGAGCUAACCAAGAUUCGCUUCACUCAACAGAGAAAAGAGGAAAAUUGGAUCAUCGAGUACGUAAGGCCUUCUGAAGACUCGUCUCGCAUCGAGGAUUCUAGCACCGUCGAGGUAAAAUCUAAUCCUCAUAAGUCUUCUUCUAAAUCAUCAUCUGACAAGUCCAGAUCAUCCUCGGACAAGUCCAGGUCAUCCUCGGACAAAGCCAAGUCAUCCUCGGACAAGUCCAGAUCAUCCUCGGACAAGUCCAGAUCAUCUUCGUACAAGUCCAGAUCAUCCUCGUACAAGUCCAGAUCAUCCUCGGACAAGUCCAGAUCAUCCUCGGACAAGUCCAGAUCAUCCUCGGACAAGUCCAGAUCAUCCUCGGACAAGUCCAGAUCAUCCUCGGACAAGUCCAGAUCAUCCUCGGACAAGUCCAAGUCAUCCUCGGACAAGUCCAAGUCAUCCUCGGACAAGUCCAAGUCAUCCUCGGACAAGUCCAAGUCAUCCUCGGACAAGUCCAAGUCAUCCUCCGACAAGUCCAAGUCAUCCUCGGACAAGUCCAGAUCAUCCUCUGACAAGUCCAGAUCAUCCUCGGACAAGUCCAGAUCAUCCUCGGACAUGUCCAGAUCAUCCUCGGACAAGUCCAGAUCAUCCUCGGACAUGUCCAGAUCAUCCUCGGACAUGUCCAGAUCAUCCUCGGACAAGUCCAGAUCAUCCUCUGACAAGUCCAGAUCAUCCUCGGACAUGUCCAGAUCAUCCUCGGACAUGUCCAGAUCAUCCUCGGACAAGUCCAAGUCAUCCUCGGACAAGUCCAGAUCAUCCUCGGACAAGUCCAGAUCAUCCUCGGACAUGUCCAGAUCAUCCUCUGACAAGUCCAGAUCAUCCUCUGACAAGUCCAGAUCAUCCUCGGACAUGUCCAGAUCAUCCUCUGACAAGUCCAGAUCAUCCUCGGACAUGUCCAGAUCAUCCUCGGACAUGUCCAGAUCAUCCUCUGACAAGUCCAGAUCAUCCUCGGACAUGUCCAGAUCAUCCUCUGACAAGUCCAGAUCAUCCUCUGACAAGUCCAGAUCAUCCUCUGACAAGUCCGGGUCAUCGUCGGACAAGUCCGGGUCAUCCUCGGACAAGUCCGGGUCAUCCUCGGACAAGUCCGGGUCAUCCUCGGACAAGUUUGGGUCAUCCUCGGACAAGUUUGGGUCAUCCUCGGACAAGUUUGGGUCAUCCUCGGACAAGUUUGGGUCAUCCUCGGACAAGUUUGGGUCAUCCUCGGACAAGUUUGGGUCAUCCUCGGACAAGUUUGGGUCAUCCUCGGACAAGUUUGGGUCAUCCUCGGAUAAGUUUGGGUCAUCCUCGGACAAGUUUGGGUCAUCCUCGGACAAGUUUGGGUCAUCCUCGGACAAGUUUGGGUCAUCCUCGGAUAAGUUUGGGUCAUCCUCGGACAAGUUUGGGUCAUCCUCGGAUAAGUUUGGGUCAUCCUCGGACAAGUUUGGGUCAUCCUCGGACAAGUUUGGGUCAUCCUCGGACAAGUUUGGGUCAUCCUCGGACAAGUUUGGGUCAUCCUCGGACAAGUUUGGGUCAUCCUCGGACAAGUUUGGGUCAUCCUCGGACAAGUUUGGGUCAUCCUCGGACAAGUUUGGGUCAUCCUCGGACAAGUUUGGGUCAUCCUCGGACAAGUUUGGGUCAUCCUCGGACAAGUCCAGGUCAUCCUCGGACAAGUCCAGGUCAUCCUCGGACAAGUCCAGGUCAUCCUCGGACAAGUUUGGGUCAUCCUCGGAUAAGUUCGGGUCAUCCUCGGACAAGUCCAGGUCACCCUCUGCCCAGUCCAGAUCACCCUCUGCCCAGUCCAGAUGUUUCGCCGCCAAGGGAUUAUUCCCAACUACCGGAAAUGCACAGAGAACAAAAACUUUCUGCGCUAAGUCCGAGUCCCCGCCACCCUGA